AUGGAGCAAAGUGCGAAGGAUAUUGCUUUGGUGGCCAUCAAUGUGAACAUUUGGCGUCGGGUGGCGGUGCUCUAUCCGACGCCGGGGAACAAUUGGCGGAAGUACGCGUUUGUGCUGCCCGUUUGCCUGAUGAACCUGAUGCAGUUCUUCUUUCUGCUGCGCAUGUGGGGCGAUCUGCCAGCCUUUAUACUCAAUCUCUUCUUCUUUUCGGCCAUAUUCAAUGCCCUAAUGCGCACGCUGCUGGUCAUGUUCAAGCGCCUCGAAUUCGAGCAGUUCCUCGACGAGCUGGCGGUGCUGUAUCGCCAGAUUGAGGCGUCGAGCGAUGAGUGCAGCCAUCGUUUGCUGGCGGCGGCGGUGCACGAGGCACGUCGCCUGGCUAUAUUCAAUUUGACGGCCUCCUUUCUGGAUGUUGCGGGCGCAGUUAUCUUAGCCAUGUUCCUGGAGCAGCGCACGCAUCCGUUCGGGGUUUCCUUGCCGGGAUGGGAUAUGCAGCGCACGCCCAUCUAUCAGAUAGUCUAUGUGCUGCAGGUGCCCACGCCCGUGGUGCUCUCCAUGAUGUAUAUGCCCUUCGUGAGCCUGUUCGCCGCCUUUGCGCUUUUCGGCAAGGCCAUGCUGCAGAUACUGGCCCACAAGCUGGCCUGCAUCGAGCAGCUGCAGGAUGAGGAGCAACGCUAUCAAAUGCUGACUGACUGCAUACGCAUUCAUAUCACUGUGGCCGGUUAUGUGCGCAAGCUUACAACACUGGUCACCUAUAUUGUGGGCGUUGAGGCGAUUAUCUUUGGCUCAAUUAUUUGCUCGCUGCUCUUUUGCCUGAAUAUUAUCACCUCGCGCACCCAGAUGAUCUCCAUAGUCAUGUACAUCCUAACCAUGCUCUAUGUGCUCUUCACCUAUUACAAUCGCGCCAACGAUUUGGUCAUUGAGUGCUCGCGGGUUACGCAGGCGGCUUACAAUGUGCCCUGGAUGGAGUGCAGCCUGCGCUUUCGCCAAACCCUUCUGAUCUUUCUAAUGCAAACGCAAAGGCCUUUGGUGAUAAAAGUGGGCAACGUUUAUCCCAUGACUUUGGCCAUGUUUCAGAGUCUGCUGAAUGCAUCCUAUUCGUAUUUUACCAUGCUGCGUGGCGUCACCAACAAAUGA